AUGAGUAGCGUUCAAUUCGCUACCCUGUAUGCGGGAAGACUUCUUCUUGGAAUAUCAAAUGGUUUCUAUCUGACGUAUUCGGCUACAUAUCUGGGAGAGAUCGCGCCUACCCAUCUACGUGGCUCUGCCGUGGGACUUGUUACAUUUCAAACCUCAUUCGGUGCCUUGAUAGGUGUCCUGGUCGACAACUAUACGACGAAGUAUCAAUCCCGUACUUCAUAUUUGAUUCCAUUAGGAGUCAUGUUCUUCGUUCCGGUAUUUUUAUCGAUCGGCCUGAUAUUUCUCCCAGAGAGUCCACGACACUAUAUACGCCUUGGAUCAGAUGUGAAGGCUGAACAUGCACUACGAACCCUUCGAGGGAUCAAAGAUCAUAGUCAGCUCAUGGCUGAAGUUGCUGCCAUACGUGAAGCGUGGAUGUUGGAGAAUGCGCACAGUGAGAACAUUCGGCUUGUGGACGCAUUCAGAGGGACCAACCUCAAGAGAACAUUGCUUAGUCUCUGUUGCAGCAUCGGCCAAACAGCAAGCGGUGUCAUAUUCUUUUCCUCCUUUUCUAUCUACUUCUACGCUGAAGCAGGUGUCAAAAACGAGUUUGUAUGGGUCAUGAUGAGUUUAGCAAUCGCUCUGACGGGCAACAUGGGCGCCUUUUUUGUCAUGAGACUCAUUGAGCGGCGUGUCCUCUUGAGUAUAUGCUCCAUCGUUAACGCCUUAAUCAUGUUCGCUAUUGCUGGCGUAUAUACGCGGCUGAGCACCGGAUCCUACACAGCUGCGCAGGUCCUCGUCGCAAUGGGAACAUUGUUCACAUGGGUCUAUGGAAUAGGGCAGGGUCCUGUGCUUUGGGCACUGACGGUAGAGUUGCCAUCCCAGCGAUUACGAUCAAAAACCGUUGGUCUUGCAACAGGCUGCAACUACAUAUUUGCGUGGGUUGCAACAUACUGCUCACCCUAUUUCAUCAACCCAACCGCGAUGAAUUGGGGGCCAAAAUAUUGCUAUAUCUGGGGGGCGAGCAAUCUGGUCUUAGGAAUGUGGGCCCUCCGAGUGAUACCAGAUGUCAAGGGCAAAAGUCUGGAGCAAAUAACAGGCUCGAUGAUAGGUCAGCCUGAGAAGAAUGCUGAUGACACAGUGGCGGCCUCAGGAUAG